AUGAAAAUUGAAACUGAAAAAAAAAAAGGUUAUAACUUGAAGAAGAAGAAGACAUUCAUAAAUUUGAAGGGAAGAACACGAAAAUGGCUUCCACAAUUCAGGAACCAAUUCUCUCAAGGAUUGAUCGUUUGGAUAAUUUGUUGAGGCAAUUGGAGGAAAUUAGAGGGUGCAAUCGAUCACCAAAGAGCUCGUGUGCAUCCACACCAACAAGCGGAAGUGAUGGACGCGUGUCGUCCGUCGAUUUCUCCCCGAGGAGCUUGGAGAAGCAGUGCCGUCCGAUGGAGAGCGUGAUGAUGGAGACGGAAGCGAAAGGAACGGUGAUAGAGAGGCUGAAUCUGGUGGAGGAUCGACUGCUGAAGCUUUGUUUGCAGGUGGAGGAAGAGUGGUUAACAAAGAGGAGUGCAAUGAGUAAAAGCCCAAAGAGCCCAAAGAUAGGUUUCAAACAGCUUGUGAAGAAAUGUGUGAGAAGAAGACACAACAAUAAAGAACAAACAAAUUAAUAUAUUAUAAAGAUUUGUGCCAAUGUUUUUCAAUUUUAAUGUACAUUUAUUGUUCCUUUUGUGAAAUGCAAAGUCAAACUAGUUUUUAUUUUUCUA